CAACUUGUAGCAAGCCCUUCAAUCAGUACCUUGCCUUUCUCUGAUCUCUGAACAUAUCAUGGAUAAAAAUUUCAAAUUUGAAACCUGUUUGGAACGUUCAUGGGAUCGUUAUUGUUAGUAUUAAAGGUUAAGGACAUUAUCAGCUGUGUCCUGCAAAGUUAGCCCAAUAAUUUGUACUCGUCUUGUAUUUCAAGCGAAAUUCCAAAAAUGGAGUAUCGGCCAGAUACCAGUGAAGACGGGGCUAGAAAUUUGCCGGAUUUCAUGAAUGUUACAAUUUCUACGACUCUACCACCUCAAGCAUCAUCCACCGUAGAAAAGAAGUCCAGCCUUGGACUUGGAAAAAUUCGAUACGGUGCAGCAGAUUUUGAAGGUAGAAACAAACAUUCUAUUCUAAAUGAAAGUGAUAUCAAGCAGAGGACUGUCGACUCAUCGCUGGGAAUUCUGAAUAUUUCAUCUUUGCUUGGAGAAAAUGAAUCGAUGGCAGAAAAUAAGUAUUCCUGUCGCAAUUCCAGUAUUAAAAACAAGCUAGAUGCAGAACGACAACUUGCGAGAGAGUUAUUACAAAAGUGUAGUGAACCUAGAGAAUCUACAGUACUUUUGGACCAGAAUAAAGAGAAUGAUGGAAAUCUGCAAAAUCUAAGCAGGGAUUCCAACCCUUCAACACUAACAGAUUCACGGCUGCAAAGUUUUUCCAAUCAGAACGAGAUAUCACACAAUGAUGAUCCCCAGGUUGUCUUCAAGCCAAAUGAAAUAUCCGCCCGAUCGUCGGUUUUGGAUGUUAGUGCUAACAAGGGAAGUGAAUCAUCGAUAUUUCAAUCCGGAAGAAGUGGGAUUAGUUUUGAUACAACUGCUGCUGCUGAGCUCUUGGCCCAAUUUGGAGACGAAGAUUUUCAAUCAGGCUCUAGAGUUGGCAGUCGCAUGCUAGCGGAUGAACUAUCAUGGAAUCAAAAUUAUUCCUACGCCAUGCCAAUGAGUAGUUUGUCUACUGGAGAAAAAGAGCAUCUUGAAUUGUCUUGUUUUUCAGGAAUCAUUGGUGAUUUUGAUUUAUCCAUAGAAUCUCAUUCUGGUCGCAAGUUUUCGGUCGGCGAAUUUUUCCAACGUAAAUGCGGCAAUAUUGGACAACUUCAGGAAACUGAUUGUGUACUUAGACCGAGUUUUGGUGUGGCAAUAACAAGUCCUACCAAACAGGGAAACCUAGUGCCUUUGGUAGAUGAAACAUUGAUCAGUGAAGGACCGAGCAUGAUCGAAACAAAUACAAAAGUUUUGGAAUGUGGCAAUCGUACCGAACAUAGCCUGAUGAGUCUAAGCAGCAUUGCUCAAGCUUUGAAUAAUAUCGAAAAUGGUUCUCCGAGACGUUUAGUGGAUGAACUGAUAAUGGCAAAAAGGAAGAAAAAACUUGCACCGUCACAGUUGGUUAAUGCCGGCAUGAAUGGUAUUUCUUACUUGCCUCAGAAGGAAUCAUUUCAUUCAUCAUUUACCAUAAAUGAAAAACCUGAAAGAGACACAUCAACAAUGGGAGUUACAACGGUAUUAUUAGAUUCAGCCAGAUAUUCCUUGCACAAUAAAGUUGCACAAAGUCCCAUGCAUGUUAAGCCAGAAUCUACCAGAAUGUCUCUAGAUGUGGCAUUGGAGGCAGCAACGAGUCGUAACAGAGACUGGAGUACCUAUGCUAUGCAUAAGUUAGAAGAUAGAGAACUUAGGAAAAGUGAAAUGGAAGGUAGUGCAAGGAUGACACGAACUCUGAAUCACUCGAAAAUUAUCAAAAAAUCUUCUGAUCAUCAUUCAAACAUUGAUGUUAAUUUGUUGUCAUCUUUAGAGAAUUCUGUAGUAGCGCAUGGAAGAAAUAUGGACGUUUUCAAUGUGGAACGAAAUGCAGAUGUUUUAAGUAAAACCUUGGGUGGAAAACUCGAAUUUUCGCAUCCUAAACCAUCACAGGAUGGAAAAAAAAUAAAACAGGAAAAUGUCACCAUAGAAUCACUAGGGCCAAGUCUAAAUCUAUCCGCCCACCAAAAAAAAAAGCCAUCCGACCGUUUGACAGUGGAUGAAAGGUCCAGUGAAAAAACAACGUACUCUAUUGAACGUGAUUCCAAGUUAAAAUCUAGUAUCACCGUUGGUCAAGUUCAUGCAAACAGAAAACUACAAUCAUACAGAAGUAUCAUGUCAGCGAGAAAUACGAACGACUUGUUUAGUUGUAUUGUCAGAGUUUCCAGAGAGGCUGAAAUUGAGAUACUGAAUGGGAGCGAUCGUUGGAUGACUUGUACCCUAGCACUGCAUCAAAUUCAAGGGGACAGAGAUAAUAUAUCAUUAGAUUUACCUGGCGAUACAAUAUUAGUGGAACCUGACAAAGGAAAAUUUGUCAAGAUUGGCGUGAAAGUGCACCAGAUGGGAAAACCGAUAAUGGCAAUGAUUAAUAUAUCGGUAUCGGAUAUGGUUACCAGGUCCAGUGGGGUAAUCGAACACGUCAUGUGUUUUGUGCCUGAGGAGCCGCAAAUUGGUGUCAUAACGCAGUCUGGACUGGACGAAAUCCAUUUUUAUACCGUUGCUGAAAAAAGUUGUAAUACAUUAUCUAUAACAUUGGAGAAUAAAAACAAUGCAGAGCUGCCUAUUAGAUUAAUGAUUGCCAAGGAUUCUAGUGGAGCGGAAAUAUUUAAUAUCGAUAAUCACACUGAUGAAGUUACCGAUCCCACAGAUAAUGGUGAAGGAAUAAAUUACAACUUGACACUUGGGCCUCACCAACGAAUCCCUGUAAACAUUCAGUUCAAAGGAAUACUGUUGUCUACAGUUCAUAAACAGCAAGGAUUAUAUCAUGCAACUGGAACACUUGUAAUCCAGCUACGGACAGAUGACGUAGCCGGCCAAUUAUUGAAGAGCCUCAAAUUAACUGGCGCUAUUGGUGUUUCGAAAAUAGAUUUAGUUGAUACUCAGUUACCGAUAGUGAUCACACGGAAACAAAGCAAGUCAAUAAAGCUUGUUAAUUCUGGGGAUGUUGCUGUGAUGUUAUCUGCCUCAUUAGUUGAAAGCGAUCAUUCAACCAGUUCUGUGAUUGGCUUUUCAUUGAAGCCGAAUACUUUAAUGCUUCAAGUGAAUGAGAGAGGUUCAAUUCUCAUUACUUAUAAAUCCCGAGAAGAUGACGUUUCCGAAAGGCAAGCUCACGUGAAAGUUGUUGCCGGAGAGAAUGAGUAUUUCUACCCCAUUGUUGGCGACAUUUCCCAUCACGCGGAUUGCUUAAAUGUAAACGGAGCACAACGCUGCAUUACUCCUCAAUCACGACAGAUAUGUUCUCCUACUUCUCCUCGUAGUCUAGCAUCCAACAGAUCAGCUAAUUCAGGGAGGCAUUCACCGGGCAGUGCUGCUUCAACGUCAACGGUGUCCGGUAAUACGAUUCCAAUACAAUCGACCAAUGUCGCCCUUGUGUGGGGUAGUAUUAAGUCAGGAAGGAGUGAUACGAAGAGUUUCACAAUUCGCAACAAAAGUGACAACAAAAUUAGACUACAAGUCAACAUUGUGGAUAACAAUAAAAGUUUCCGAUUUCUCAAAGAGUCUCAGGCAGUUGGCACAAGUAUGUCACUAGUUUUGCAACGCAUGGGGAGCAAAGAGAUAUCCGUCAUAUUUAGCCCCAAUAACCUUGGAGCUUGUGCUGGUAAAAUAAUAUUUACUCAUUACAACAAUGCAAGAGAACAGGACGAUUCAUCGCAACGUAAAACAAUAUACUUAUUUGGAUACGGAGGUAUUGGCAAGGUUGAAAUUUUGCAAGCAUUUAAAGAUACGGGAGGGCUGAUGUGGCUCUCCCUCGGUCACAUGAACGCAAGUGGAAAAUUAAGUGCAAGAAUCAAACUACAAAAUGCCGGAGAUUUGUGUUCAUAUGCUGUCGUGAAGCUAACACCAAAAGCUCUCUACCCUGCCAUGGUAUCCAGUUGGCAAAUUAGUCCAACAGAAUUGUUAUUGGGUCCGGGUGAGACUCAAUGGGUUAAAUUAGAAUUUCAUCCAAGACGGGAAGAUCUUGCAUUACUCAAACGUACUGAUGUCUCACACGUUGGAACUUUAACUAUUACACACGGAGAUGAGCCAACAAGAUGGAGAAUUCGUAGAUUGUAUAAUAAAUUAAAAGACACUGGUAAACUCCAAGGAGCAGAGAAUGAUACAUUCAAAAAUAUUGUUUUUCCAUUAUGCAAAGUAUUCCCAGGGGAGACGCUAAUAGAGGAUUUUAGUCUUGUCAGAGAUCCGGUUCAACAUCUGGGCGAUCUCUGUCGUGGUGUUAGUCAACAUCAAGUAAUGUUGACAAUGGAAGUCAACGCAGAUGAAACGUUGACCAUGUUAAACGAUAACGUUGACGACACACAAAUUUUUUACUCAGUAUGCAGCGACAGUAGCAGUAUAUUCACUGCUGGGUGUGAGACGUAUAUGCCCUCUGAAACUCUUACGGAAGUAAAUGAAGACGUUAUUUCCAAAAAUGAGUUCACAGUUACUCCUGGAAUGGUGACACUGGCACCACCGUUCAGGACUGAGGCAACUGUGAUAGUUUCCAGUUUGCGCAAUCUUGCUCAACCAUUUGAAACAGUUCUUUCACACGGCGAUGUACUUAAUGUUGUGCCCACUGAGGGUAUGAUACCAGCUGGAAGAAGUUUCCCACUAAAGAUCCAAUGCAGUAAAUUAGUGAAUAGAAAUAUAUCAGCUGUACUCCAAAUAUUCAUGGAACAACAAAUGCGUGAGGUUUUAAUCAGCAUAUCAUCUCACAAUUGAACAGUUACAAAGUGGGAGUAAAAAAACCGUUCUAUUUUAAAUUUUUCGUAAUUUGCUAAACAUGUCACCCUAUAUGCCACUCAUGCUGAGGUGUAAUAAUAAAUUUUGUAAAUGUACCACAAAUAUGUUCUAGUAAUAAUUAAAUGUUUAUAAAAAUGAUAAGUGGAAUUUCAAUGUACCAAGCACUGUAAUAUAUAAUUUUCUU